GGGGUCCUCGGCGCCUGCGCCGCUCAUAUAAAGGCCGACGCCGCGCCGCGCCGUGAUAGUGGCCUUGUUCUCCGCUUUUCUCUUCUCGUGUUUGCUGACGCCGCCCCACUCUCGUCAGCCUCCGGCCUGCUGUCUCUUUGAGACCAAGCACCAUGCCUUCAAUUAAGUUGCAAAGUUCUGAUGGAGAGAUAUUUGAAGUUGAUGUUGAAAUUGCCAAACAAUCUGUGACUAUCAAGACUAUGUUGGAAGAUUUGGGAAUGGAUGAUGAAGGUGAUGAUGACCCAGUUCCUCUACCAAAUGUUAAUGCAGCGAUAUUAAAAAAGGUCAUUCAGUGGUGCACCCACCACAAGGAUGACCCUCCUCCUCCUGAGGAUGAUGAGAACAAAGAAAAGCGAACAGAUGAUAUCCCGGUUUGGGACCAAGAAUUUCUGAAAGUCGACCAAGGAACACUUUUUGAGCUUAUACUGGCUGCAAACUACUUAGACAUCAAAGGUUUGCUUGAUGUUACAUGCAAGACUGUUGCCAAUAUGAUCAAGGGGAAAACUCCUGAGGAGAUUCGCAAGACUUUCAAUAUCAAAAAUGAUUUUACUGAAGAAGAAGAAGCCCAGGUACGCAAAGAGAACCAGUGGUGUGAAGAGAAGUGAAAUGUUGUGCCUGACACUGUAACACUGUAAGGAUUAUUCCAAAUACUAGUUGCACUGCUCUGUUUAUAAUUGUUAAUAUUAGGCAAACAGUAGACAAAUGCAGCAGCAAAUCAAUUGUAUUAGCAGAAUAUUGUCCUCAUUGCAUGUGUUGUUUGGGUACAGAUUCCAAACCUAUGGCUGAGUUUCUUCCAGUAUGAUCAAAAGUUUCUUUUUUCUUUGCUCUAAAUAAAAUCGAACUGUGGGUUCUCUAUAGAAAGUGGCAUUUUGGGCUUUCCCUCUUUUUGUAAAGCGAUUUCUGUCUAGUUUAUUGUCUAGUUAACUUUAGUGACCUUUUAAAAGUUGGCAUUGUAAAUAAAACAACUUGCAAAAGUUUUCUGAAAUAGAAUUAACAUUUUUAUUCAUGAGUUGGAAGCUAGAAAAAGGCUCUUUGAGGUAAAUGUCUAAGUGGUGGUUAUUAGGGUGUCCUCCAGCUUCCUGGAAUUAAGCAAUACCUCUGGUAUUGGUAAAGCCCGUAUGUAAUGGGACUCCCGUAAUUGGAUCUGAGGACUUGUUUUUGCAUUUUUAAUCCUCUCAGCUUUGAAUAUGUUGGCUAGGCACUCAGUUACUACUCAGUUUGUGGUUUUAGAGGACAUGUAACUAGACAGUUUGUUAGCUUUUCAGUUAAAAAAGACAACCCUUGUGGUAAUCAGUGAUCCCAUGUGGGGAAAACUACACUACUUGCAUGUAAAGAAAAUUUAACCUUUAACAUUAAAAUGUGUGGCAAAACCCAGAAAGCAUCCAUCUUGAAUGCAAGAUCCUUUCAAUAAAAAGUAAGUUACAUAGUAGGGAGUACAGUUUGCUUUUGUGUACUUAAAUGUGUCUCUUCACUUAAAUGAGUUAAAUUUAUGUACCAUUCUUUAGCUGCAAGACUUGUAGACAGUUCCUGUCCUAGCUCACUGGAGGCCGCUGACAACAAUAGAGUUCUGAUAGACUUCUCUCUUCUAAUUGUUAUUGAAAAGGUUCACUGAAGUCAGUGUUUCAGUUCUUAACUGGUGAACUCAGGCACACAGCUGCACUGCCAUUGUUUCCAGCCUCUCCCCUACAGUAGAGUGAAGUUUUCUUGAAGGCUUGAGAUGGUUCACGAGCUUUUUAUUUUUGUUCUUUCCUCCUGUGCUUUUUUUUUUUCCUUUUCCCAGUUAGUGUUAUCUGUAUUCACAGGUAGCUGUAUUGUGUCCUCUUCAUGUUUACUGUGAGCUGUUAUGGCUCAGAUAAUUACUUGACAAUAGCUUGUCUUUACUUCACCUCUUAUUUGCCCCAAAUCUACAUUAUUUAAUAAAGUCCCAGAAACCGUU